AUGUGGAUUAAUAAGGCUAUUUAUCUCUUGGAUGAAAUGAUCAAGAAAGGUUUAAAGCUGGAUGUUGUGACUUGGAAUACUCUUAUCCAUGGAUUUUGCAAAGUGGGUAAACCUUUAGCUGCUAAAGAAUUGUUUUUUACAAUGCACAAAUUUGGUCAAUAUGCUAAUCUAUCAAGCUGUGCCACUAUAUUGGAUGGCCUAUUCAAAUGUCACUUGUCUUCGGAUGCAAUAUCAUUAUUUCGAGAAAUUGAGAAGAAUAAUUUGGUUCUUAAUAUUGAAAUUUACAAUGUGGUGCUCGAUGGGAUGUGCCGCGCUGGAAAACUGAAUGAUGCGUGUGAACUCUUCUCUUGUCUUCCAGCAAAAUGCUUGAAACCUGAUCUAUAUACUUAUACAAUAAUGAUCCGAGGUCUAUGUAGGGAAGGACUUCUGAUUGAUGCUGAAGAGUUGCUGAUGAAUAUGGAAGAGCAUGGCUGCUUGCCAGAUAGCUGCACAUAUAAUGUCUUCAUCCAAGGAUUACUACGACGAAAUGCUGCUCUCAAGUCAAUAAAAUAUUUUCAGAUUAUGAAAGACAAAGGUUUUGCAGCAAAUGCUACAACCAUGGAGUUGCUUGUAGAUUACCUCUCUACGCACAAAGGAGAGAAUGUUUUUCAAGAGUUUGUGCAGAAAUUUGUUUGAAAAGAAUGAUAGUUUUUCUUUUAAUAUAAAUAUUUGGGAGUUAUAUUUAUAUAAGAGAAAUAGAAAAUGCUUUCUUUUUUGUAACAGUAAAUUGUUAUUGUUUUAAAAAUUAGUAGUUUAGGGGAA